UGCCCACCUUUCACCUACGGUAUUGACUGUGACCAGAACUGCACCUGUGAACAAGAAAACACAUUGCACUGCAACAGUAAAUCGGGCGAAUGCACCUGUAAGGGCGGUUGGAUGUCUGAAAGGUGUGAGGUCGACAUCAAUGAAUGCGAUGAGCCCAACAUCUGCCCAGAUGUGUACUCUCACUGCAACAAUACCCCUGGGAAUUUCUCGUGCGACUGC